CAUAUACUUAACCUAGCGGACAUUUUUUCAACUAUAAGCCAAUCACAGCUGAAUGUAAAUACCUAUGUGGUUAGUUUAUUAGUUACAAUAACAAUAUAAAAUGAGUACUUAUGAAAUAAGUAAAUCAUCUUUGCUCAGCUUAAAGGCAGAGAUUCUGAAAAAACAAGAGGAGCUACAGAAAGCGAAAGCUGAAAAUCAUAUAAAACUGCAAAAGAGCCACAAGAAACCUUUGGAGUUGAAAAACAGAGGAGUUGAAAGCAGGGCUGCUAAUGAUGGAGAUGUUGUUGAUGAGGAAUUACUAAAAAAAUCAAGAUUACAGUUGGAAACAAAGUCAUUACUGUAUGAGAAACUCUCCAGAGGAUCAAGAAAUGAACUGGAAAAAGAAGACAACAGGCAGUACUUAGUCCAGUUUGAUAAGAAAGCUCUUGAAUCCAAAGCAGCUACACCAUCAGAUGAUGAUGAAGAGCCUGAUAAAUAUCCACAGGAAGAAGAAGAAUUUAAUGAAACUACUUACUCAGAUGAUGACUCUGAAUGGGUAGAAUUUGUUGACAGUUUUGGUAGGACAAGAACCUGCUUAAAAGAGGACUUGGCUUCCUUUAAACAGAAUGAUAAAGGAUUGGAUUCUAAAAAUAAAAGCAAAAGUGGCAGUAUUAGUCCUACACCAAAGAAACAGGAGGAAAAUAUUGAAUAUGAUGAGAAGAAUGAACUUCUAUCAGCCGAUAUGCGACGCAAUCUGUUGCGCCAGCAAUGGGAGCGUGAAGAACAAUUACUGAUGGAUAAAUCAGACCUUCAUUAUCAAGAUAUUCUAUUCGGCGAAGCGCGUACGCACGGCGUCGGUUACUACGGUUUCUCCAAAGAUGAAUCUGUAAGAAACGAACAACAGAAUGCGUUGAAAAAUCUUCGAAAAGAGACUGAAGCACAGCAGAAACAAGCGCAGGAAGUGAAGCAAAACAGAGAGCGACAACUCGCUGCGAGGGUAAGAGCUGCUCAAAAUCGUAAAAGGGCACGUGAAGGUUUACCACCUUUGACAUCCGACGAUGAACAGGAUGAAAAACGGAAACCUGAAGAGGAACUGGUUGAAAAAGUGGAGAAAGCAGCUUCUGUUGAUGAUAAGAAUAACGAAUUACGCAGACAAUUGCAUGUGAGACCCUGGGAUCUGGGCAAAGAAGGUGUUGAUGCGAUCGCAUCCGCGCGGAUACGAAGCGGAUGUCGUGAUCCGUAUGAUCAAGAUGAAUGGAACGCUAUUCAACGAUCUAAACGAGUGCAAGAAUUUGCACCGCCUCAAAGUUAUCACGCAAAACACACCACGAAACGAGACAAGGUUGUGAAUCCAUACAAAAGGACCAAUAUUGAACCUGCUCCGAUUCAAAACGAGUGCAGUGAUGAGGAAUCAGAUGAACCAAGGACGGAUUAUGGUAAUUGCGUUCCUCCUCCUGCUUCAUUUGAUUAUUAUGGACCCAGCAGCAGUGCGAAACGAUCUCGGUCUUCGGGUACUAAUAAUAUGGACGAUGCAAUCAUGCAAGGAUUGAAAUUUAUGCGCGAGAAAGUGGAACAAAAGUAUAAGUAAAUACAUAAAUUUUACACAUGUCGGGGGCAAAAUAAAUGAAGAUACUUCUUGUACUGUUAGAAAAUCAAUUAUUAAUACUUAAUACACAUUUAAUUAAA